UCUUUCACAACACACUCUUCCUGGUUAUGUCUUUACCGAUCACAGCCCCUCAAGGACUGCCCUGGGACCUGGACCCUUUCCCAAGUGACAGCUCCUGAGAGACAUCUCCUGCACGCUAAGAGACAUCUCCUGCACGCUAAGAGACAUCUCCUGCACGCUAAGAGACAUCUCCUGCACAUUGAGAGACCUCACCUGCACCAACAAUCCAUGCUCUGGACUUUGGAACUUCUGAAUAAGACAUUCUCAUCCUUGGCACUCUGAGACAUCCCAUCUAUUAUCUGCACUCUGAGACAUCCCAUCUAUUAUCUGCACUCUGAGACAUCCGGUCUAUAAUUUGCACUCUGAGAUAUCUCGUCUAUUAUUUGCACUCUGAGACGUCUCGUCUAUUAUUUGCACUCUGAGACAUGGCAUCUUUCCCAGUUCUUGGAUCUAGCUCCUGAAGACCAUCAUCCAAGCUCUGGUCAACUGCUUGGUGUCCACCUGUAGCUGCUGGUAGAGGUUCCUCGGGGGAGCUUUAGACACUGCAGAGAAGCACCUGGGAAUGUCAGAGACAUCCUGGAAUAAAAAAGAGAUCCAUCUACCACCUGGCUGCCGGCGGUCUUCAGAAGCUUUGUAAUUUGUUACUAGUCUGUGUAUUUUUGGUGGGUUCUUCUGUAGCUGGGACCUCGGAAACCACAGACAUGGCCGAGCAAGAGGGUCUGGAGUACGGCAAGGCGGAUUUUGUUCUCAUGGACUCUGUCACUUUACCAGAAUUCAUGGACAACCUAAAGCUCAGGUUUGAGAAAGGAAGGAUCUACACGUUCAUCGGCGAGGUGGUGGUAUCGGUCAACCCAUACAAGAAUCUUCCAAUCUAUGGGAGGGAUACCAUUGAGCAGUACAAAGGGAGGGAGCUUUAUGAAAGACCUCCCCAUCUCUUCUCAAUUGCCGAUGCUGCAUACAAAGCCAUGAAGAGGAGGUGUAAGGACACCUGUAUAGUGAUAUCUGGGGAGAGUGGAGCAGGGAAGACAGAAGCCAGUAAGUACAUCAUGCAGUACAUCGCGGCGAUUACCAACCCCAGCCAAAGAGCAGAGGUGGAGAGGGUAAAAAAUACUCUUCUGAAAUCAAACUGUGUGCUGGAGGCCUUUGGGAACGCCAAAACCAAUCGAAAUGACAACUCCAGCCGAUUUGGAAAGUACAUGGAUAUUAACUUUGAUUUCAAGGGAGACCCUAUUGGAGGGCACAUCAAUAACUACCUGUUGGAAAAGUCUCGAGUUAUUGUACGGCAACUGGGCGAGAGGAGCUUUCACUCCUUUUAUCAGUUGAUUUUAGGAGCCCCAGAGCAAACCCUCCGUUCCCUUCACCUGCAAAAAGAUAUCUCCACUUACACCUACACACGCUCCUUAGCUCAGGUCAAGUCUUCGAUUAAUGAUGCUGCUGAUUUUCGAGAGGUGUCGGAUGCCAUGAAAGUGAUUGGAUUUAAGCCAGAAGAGAUCCAGACUGUCUACAAAAUCCUGGCUGCCAUCCUGCACCUGGGAAACCUCAAGUUUGUUGUGGAUGGAGACACCCCACUGAUUGAGAACGGUAAAAUAGUGUCUGUGGUGGCAGACCUGCUGGGUUCCAAAGCAGAGCUUUUAGAAAAAGCCCUCCUGUUCCGAACGGUGGCAACCGGCAGGGACGUCAUAGACAAACAACACACCGAGAAAGAAGCAAUCUAUGGCAGGGAUGCAUUUGCCAAGGCCAUCUACGAGCGACUUUUCUGCUGGAUUGUCACGCGCAUAAACGAUGUGAUUGAUGUGCGGAAGCAGGAUGCAGCUCUUCAUGGCAAGAACACAGUGAUCGGUGUGCUGGAUAUAUAUGGUUUUGAGAUCUUUGAUAACAACAGCUUUGAGCAGUUCUGCAUUAAUUAUUGCAAUGAGAAGCUACAGCAGCUGUUCAUACAACUUGUCCUGACUCAGGAACAAGAAGAAUAUCAGAGAGAAGGGAUCCCAUGGAAGCACAUAGACUAUUUUAACAACCAGAUCAUCGUGGAUCUGGUGGAACAGCAGCACCGCGGGAUCAUCUCCUUGUUGGAUGACGCCUGUAUGAAUGUGGGGAAAGUGACGGACCCCAUGUUCCUGGAUGCACUUAAUAAGCAGCUGGGGAAGCACGCUCAUUACUCAAGCAGAAAGGUUUGUCCUACGGAUAAAGCCCUGGAAUACGACAGAGAUUUCCGAAUACGCCAUUACGCCGGAGAUGUUGUCUACUCUGUAGUGGGAUUUAUUGAUAAAAAUAAAGACACGUUGUUCCAGGAUUUUAAGAGGCUGAUGUAUAACAGCUCCAACCCUGUGCUGAAGGCAAUGUGGCCGGAAGGGAAGUUGAGCAUCACAGAGGUCACCAAACGACCCCUCACUGCUGCCACUCUCUUCAAAAACUCCAUGAUUGCUUUGGUGGACAAUCUUGCAUCCAAGGAGCCAUACUACGUUCGUUGCAUUAAACCAAACGAUAAGAAAUCACCGUCUCUGUUCGAUGUUGAACGCUGUCGGCACCAGGUGGAGUACUUAGGAUUGCUGGAGAAUGUCCGCGUACGGCGAGCUGGGUUCGCGUACCGCCAGUUGUACGAACGUUUCCUACAAAGGUACAAGAUGAUUUCAAAGCUGACUUGGCCCAACCACCAAAUGUCUUCAGAUCGUGCGGCCGUGCAGAAAAUCCUCCAGGAAAAUCACUUUGACCAGGAUGCGGCCUAUGGGAAAACCAAAGUUUUCAUUCGCACCCCCCGUACGCUUUUCUCCUUGGAGGAAAAACGCAGCGAGAGUCUUCUGAAGGUCAUUAUUUUCCUGCAGAAGAUCUGGAGAGGAACCUUAGCCAGGCAGAGGUACAAGAAGACAAAAGCUGCUCUCACGAUAUUACGCUACUACAGACGGUACAAAGUGAAAUCGUACAUCAAGGAGGUGAUCAACAGGUUCAGGGGAGUAAGGGAAAGCCGGGAUUACGGGAAACACAUCAAGUGGCCAACACCCCCUAAAGUGCUUCGCCGUUUCCAGGAGGAUAUGCAGAAUAUUCACAACAGGUGGAGGGCUUACCAGUUAAUUAAGAGCUUGCCUGCUUCAGAAAUCCCGAAGGUCAAAGACAAAGUAGCAGCCUUUGAGAACCUUAAGGGCCAGCGCUCCGAUAUGGGUCUUCAGAGAUGCUGGGAAGGAAGCUACCUCGAAUCGAAACAAGAGAACGCUCAGAACUCGGUAUAUUUUGUGUCUCGUGCGAAUGAGCUACAGAGGAAGGACAAGUACAUGAAAGCUCUCUUCUCCAGUCAUGUGCGCAAGGUAAACAGAUUCAACAAGGUUGAAGAUCGUGCCAUCUUUAUAACAGACCGACACCUGUACAAGCUGGAUCCCAGUAAGCUGUAUAAAGUAAUGAGCAGCACUCCACUGUAUAAUGUAUCGGGAAUCAGUGUGACCAAUGGGAAGGAUCAGCUGGUGGUUUUCCACACAAAGGACCAUAAAGACCUCAUUGUAUGUUUGGGGGAAAAUGGGACGUUGACUUCUGAGAGCCGAGUCGGGGAGCUGGUUGGUGUUCUGGCCAACCACUUCAAGAGUGAGAAGAGGCGCUUGCAGGUAACCGUGUCGCACCCUGUCCAGUGCAGCCAACAUGGCCGGUCCUGCUCGAUCACCGUGGAAACCAAAAUCAACCAAUCGCAGCCUCACUUUGCCAAGAGCCGCUCCGGUUUCACACUCAUUGUGCCUGCCAAUUAACUAACCUGAGACCGGAUCGUACAGUGCUACUGAGUAUCUCUGUUAUGUGCCUUUGCUCCCAAAAGCACAGCACCGCCAUGUCUUCUUUGUUGGGGACUGGUUCCCUCAAGUUCUUAUACCCUGGACUGGCAUAUAAUUACCCCUCCCUUAAAUGAUGUCCACAUUUUAAUCCUUCCUCACCACGUGCCUUUAUAUAUCAGCUGUGGCCAAUUUAUUGCUUCCGGUCUGUUGUUGGACGACAGCUCCCAUGAUGCUCUAGGAGCCAGCAUAGGUUCUACUUCUUCUUCAGCUGGAAAGUCUGAGAUCUGAAGUUUUGAUGACCAAAGAGUUACCUGUUGGCUUCCCCCAUCUGCAUGACUGGACAUCAAUUUGAAACUAUUUUAUUGUUACCGAUUUAAUAAUAAUUAAAAAUAAGAUUUAAAAUGUA